UGUAAAAUAAAAAAUAGAGGUUCUAUUUAGAGUAGUAGUGUUCUGUAUUAUUUAAUUUACGAUACAAAUUUUUUUUCAUACUUUUUUGAGCACGAUAUGACUGCUGAAAACGAGAGAGAAAUUUAUCACAAAUUAGAAGCAAUGAAAGAAAUAAGAAAUAAAACUAUUACGCUUGAGCGGUUGAAACGAAGUAUACUAAAUGAAGUCCGUAGUGGUGACCAGGAGGGGCGAUGUCUCGCGCAGUACAAGAGGGAGAUGGAACUGUUACAGCAGGAGAAGAUGAGCCAUGUUGAGGAAUUGCGACAGAUCCACGCAGACAUCAAUGCUAUGGAGACCGUGAUCAAGCAGACGGAGGAGAGCAUGUCCCGCAAGCUGUCGACGGCGGCGCGCCUGCACGACGACUACCGCCCGCUCAAGUCUGAGGUGGACCUGCUGCGGCGCCAGUGCCUGGGUCUGGAGCGCCUGCCCGACUUGCACGAGGAGGAGGGCAGCCCCAUCACGCCCGAUCGGUUCCCGUCGCUGCCGGCGAGCGGUCGUGCGGCGCCCUUCCUGCCGCCCGCGCCCCGCAAGCCGCCUCCGCCGCCGCCCGCCUUCAGGUCUGCGAUACAACAAGAUUUCCUAACCGUCUCGCUGAGACAGCAGCCGCCGCCCAUGAAGUCGUGCCUGUCGUGCCACCAGCAGAUCCACCGCAACGCGCCCAUCUGCCCGCUUUGCAAGGCCAAGAGUCGCUCCCGGAACCCCAAGAAGCCCAAGAAGAAGUAGUCACAUACCGACACACCGCCCGUCUAUAUCUUACACGUUCAUUAUAUUUGUUUGACAGUUGGAUAAAGGACAUAAUUUAUUACCUACACCCAUGCUUUAAUCCUCUAUUAAAGAUUCUAAAACAGUUAGCUUAUUGCCAAUAUUAAAACAGCCAAUGCCCAAAUAACAAUUAGUUACAUCCAAACGAGUGUUGUAAUGAAAUUCAUUACAACAUUACAUCAUCCGUUUUCAUAAUAACACACCUUUGGAGGAUAUUAUGGACUGGCAUUUUUAAUGUUAGCAGUAAGCUAACUAUUUCAGAAUCUUUUAUAGAGGAUUCAUAUUAUGGGUGUAGAUAGUAUUGUAUGCAACUGUUGAUAAUUAAGUAUUAAAACACUCAUGUGAUGCGGCUUCGCCUCGUGUGAUAAACCCGCAUUCGUGUUUUAAUACCCCUUAUUACACAACAGUUGCAUAAAUAACUAUUGAUCCACAUUUGAAAGUGCGGGCCAAAAUAUGUGCCAUAUUAUGUCAGAACUUGUCGCCCUAAAACUAAAGUGACAGCUUCAGUGUCAUUAUCAAUGUUUUGGAAGACAAAAUCUAGCAAACUUUUUAAUUUUUUUUAUUGUCACACAAACUAUGGUAUCGACACUACGCAGCAGAAAAGAGUACACUGUACAUUUUACAAGUCAGUUAUUUAUUGCCAAACAAUUUGUGAUGUAAUAAAGAUAAUUGAAUUAGUUAAUAAGGUUAAUAUAAUAAGAUUAAUAUUUAAGUACAUUGUAUUUGCAAUAGAGGUAUAUUAUACAAUACUGCCUCCAUGUGAAGUGUAAAUAAGUCGGUUAAGUUAUUUAUUAGUGUCCCACUUUACAUUACAACAACCUGAUUUAAGUGGAA